AUGGCAACGGCAAUGAAAUUGGUGUUAAUAAUAGCAUUGGCUGUUUUGGCAUUGGCAGUGGGUAUGUCGAAUGCAGAGCCUCCUGAGAGUGAUCCGUGUAGGGUGCCUGGAGCUAUUCUGUGCAGGGACGAUAAUAUUUGUCUCACACAGAUCUUUGGCUUAUGCUGCGAAAUCGGACGUUGUGGUCCAGGUGUGGGAUUUUGCUAUGAUUCCACAGAUGGAAAAUCUACAUCUGGGUAUUUAAUGUAUCUUGGAUCUAUUGUCAUCUCUUGGAGAUCUAAAAAGAAAUCUGUUCCAGCCGCCUCUUCUUCUGAAUCUCAAUAUAUGACCGCCUUUGAAGCAACUCAGGAAAUCUUAUGGCUUCGAAGAAUUAUUGAAGACUUGCAGACACCACAAAUUUCAUCAACUCCACUCUUCAUUGACAAUCAAUCUGCUAUCAAAAUGGCUAAAAAUCCAGUAUUUCAUGAUCGCACCAAGCACAUCAAUACAAAGAUUCAUUUGAUCAAUACAAAGAUUCAUUUGAUUUGGCAUCAUGUGAAAGAUGGCAGCAUAUACCUUAAUUAUUGCCCCACUGUAGAUCAACCAGAUAUUCUUACCAAGGCUUUGGGCAGAGAAAAGUUCGAGAAGUUCAGAGAAAUGCUCGGCUUAACCCCUUCAGAUUAA